UCUGCACAGUUCUCAUCGUGUGGUCGUGAAAAACGGACGUCAGUAAAAUUUUUUGCGAAUCGAACCCCAACUACACUUCCUUUUUUCUAGUUGUAUAGUUCCGUUUCUGCAGCAUAAGCGAGAAAACAAGUGGAAGAAUACUACGCGGAAUGUAACACGGCCGGGAAGAAUAAGUGAAAAAUCAAUUUCGAUUCAAGUUGAUUGACAGCUUUUCCGAAGUCCGUGUGUUACGCUAUUUUUGCAUUCGUUUGUUGAUUUUACUUUAUGGGUUCUGGGGAGUUACUGUUCGGGCGAGGAGCAGCAGAACCCCCAAUAAAUUUGCUUGAUAGUCAAAAUAUUCGCAGUGAACCAUUACCAAAAGUGCAAAAAGUGUCGUAGGUUGCUGCGAUGGUGUUGGUGAAAAUUCCAUUGGUCGCUCUACCGCUGCAGCAAUUUAUGUUUUAAUGAAAACGAAGAGAUUUUCCGCGGAUCUGUUUUUGCGAAAGAGUAAAAAUGCAAUGAUGGAUGGUUGAAAAAUCGGAACGGAGGAGACGAGCAUUUGGGGAGAGGAAGUGAAGGCGUUGUAAUUUCGAAAUUGUUUUAUGAAGGUUGGCGCAAUUGGCCGCUGUGAGGUGAAAGUUUGCUACACCUUGGAGUAAGAGAGGGAGGGGGCAUUUUGCGACGAAAUUACGUUUUAGUUGUGCGGAAGUUUGACGUAGCGCCCCUCGGGUUGGAAUAUCCAAAACAUACACAUUUUUGCCGCGUCGUCAUCCAACGUUGGAAUAUAAACAGAAAAAAAUGGAUACGAGAACGGCUGCCGGGAAUGGGUUUCAAAAACAGGAACCGGUCGAAGAAAAACCAGACGCAGCGCAAAAACAAAUACAGCAGCAACCAAAAGAGAUUCACUAUGUGAAUCCGUUUGUGCAUAAGCUCAUAUGGGACGAUCCCAUUGAUAAAGUUAAGACCGCACUUUUGACAGUAUUCCUAUUGCCAUUCCGAGUUAUACUUAUCAUAAUCUGUCUGGUGAUAGCGUGGAGCCUGGCGAACAUCGGACUGUACGGACUAUCGCGUGAGGAACUUCGCACCAAACCAUUGUCCGGAUGGAGGCGACAGCUACGCCACCUAACCGCGCUAGUGAUGCGAAUGCUGUUCGUGUUCGGUUCGUUCCACUUCAUCCGGACGAAGGGCGAGCGGGCCUCGCCCAAGGACGCCCCGGUCAUCUGCGUGGCUCCCCACACCGCGUUUUACGACUCGUUGUGUGUGGUUCUGUUUGGACCCUCGGCGGUGGUUGCCAAGAUCGAGACCGCCUCGUUACCGUUUUUCGGAAAACUGAUUGAUUACGCCCAGCCCAUUUACGUGUGUCGCGAGGAUCCAAACUCGCGGCAAUCCACCAUCAAAGAGAUAAUCGAACGGGCCAACUCGAAAGAAGACUGGCCACAGAUACUGAUCUUUCCCGAGGGCACCUGCACCAACCGUACCUCGCUGAUCCAAUUUAAACCGGGUGCGUUCUACCCGGGUGUUCCUAUCCAGCCGGUGCUGGUGCGCUAUCCGAAUAAAGUGGACACCGUGACGUGGACCUGGGAAGGACCAGACGCACUCCAGCUGUUGUGGCGAACGUUGACCCAGUUCCACACCUUCUGCGAGAUUGAAUUCCUGCCGGUGUAUUACCCGAACGAGGAGGAGAAACGCGACCCGAAGCUGUACGCACGGAAUGUGCGAAAUCUGAUGGCCCACGAGUUGGGCAUUCCCAUCUCCGAUUACACCUUCGAUGACUGCAAGCUGAUGACAUUCGUGAAGAAUGUCAACAUGCCGUACGCAGCGUUCAUCGCCGAUAUCGAGAAGCUACGGAAGGCUCUAGGGUUACAUAAACGCAACGUUGAAGAGCAGUUAGUGGCAACGGAGGCCAAGUUUACAGAGGAAACCAGUUACUUAACGAUGGAGGAGUUCGCACGACGGUUGGAUAUUUCCGUCGAUGAGGAAUCCACGAAGAAACUGUUCCGAAUAUUUGUGAAGCCUGAUCGUAUGAACGUGAUAGACAUCAGAGAGUAUCUUUUGCUUUCAUUAUUCCUAAUUACCUUAUACUCACCAAAAUUGAACUAUGCCAAAUCAUUGUUCCAGCUGUACGGAAACCGCGGAAAAGUGUCGCGAGAAUCCUUCUACAGCACGCUGAAACAUCUAGUCAAAAUAAAUGCUCAAGAGACCGACGCCAUGUUCAUGACGAUAGAUAGUCAAAACCUGGGAGAGAUCACGUUCGAUCAAUUCACUGCAGCGUUGGACAAGUACCCGGCCCUGCAGAGGAAGCUGCAGAAAAAUAACGAUCCAAACAACCUAAGACUCACCUAAUCUCCCUAGCCUGUAGAGUGCCCCGAGUGGUCUGUGUCCAUAGUGUUGAGUAAUAAUAUUUUGUAUGGUUCGGAGGGAACCCACAAUAUUUGAAUGCGAAACAUCCAGCAGAGUAGAAUGAGAGAUAGUUACUUAAACGUUUUUUUUUAUUUAUUAGAUUCGACGCUAGGCUACGAAACGAUGCAAAUGGGUAUUGACCGUUGAAUAAGUAUCCUUCUGGCUAGUUAUUGUUAUAACUCCUGAAAUGAAAUCGCGUAGAAACACAAAUGACUGAGUGCUUACAACUAUAUACUAUAUUCAACUGUGGACUGGAAAACAAACAUAAGAUAUUAACAUCUCAUUAGGUGUGUGUUACUUAUCAUUUUUGGACUCUGUGUUACGUUUGUAAAUAUGUCUCGUGUUUAGGAAACAUCAGAGUCCUUCUCUUAGAGUAUAUGAAUGGAAACUUAUUUGAUUGGAUAGAGGUGACGUUACGAACGGUAUGACUAUUUUGAUAUUAAAGUUUUAUAUAGGUUGAACAUUAAAUGUUUAAUAUUUAGCAUGGGAUGAGUAUUUAAUGGAAGGCUUUAACGAAAGUUUUGAUGGCGAUGGUGUCUCUGAUGACGGGUAUUAUAUUUGUGCAGGAAAGUCGAUCCGCUCAACUCAUGUAAUGGUUUAUGUAAAUGAAUCACACAAAUGUAUUUAUUUUCUAAAUUUAGAAAAAAGGCGAAAAAAUGAAUGCAUUGAAUGGUGAAAUCUUUUUAGAAUUGUAA